CGCGUUAUCAGUCGCUUGCUGAUUUUGUACCUCGAUGGACUGCUCCGUCGCUCCAUCAGAGAGUCAUAAUGCUCGUGAACGGGUACGGGGAGCAAUAUGCUGACCAGUGUUCCGUCGGAGGACACUUCGAGGAGGCCGGAUGGAAUGUGCAGUGUCAGUUGAACCAACAGUGGGGACAUCAAUCCGUCAAUAAUGUGUGCAGUUUCGGUGCUUACGGUCCGGAAUACCCCGGACAAUAUUAUAGGAGUGUUCCGUACCAGUAUGGUGUACCUCCUCCGUAUAAUCCUCCGAAGGUGUAUCCUCGUCAGGUCGCCUAUGUACAGCAGCCUAUUGUUCCAAACUUACCCUGUCAUCAAGCUCAGCAAUGGGACUAUAAUAGUAUGUGCUUCAAUGUGGAUGGACAGGCUUGUCAAUACACAAAUGUUGUUGACUUAGAAGAUUUUAUGAAUAAUGAGAAACGGAAGGAGAAAUCGCGUGUGGCUGCGCGAUGUCGUCGCACCAAGGAGAUGCAGAUCUUCUCGGAGCUCACCGCCGCCCUCCCGGCCAAGAAGGAGGAGGUGGAACAACUGGACAAGGCCUCCGUGAUGCGUCUAGCUAUAUCCUACCUUCGCGCCCGGGAUGUCGUCUCCAUGCUUCCUGAUGUUGACAAAGAGCAGCCCAAAGUGCAGAAUCCGAAAGGAUAUGAGGAGUUGUCUUCAGAACUAUCGUACAUGAAAGCCUUGGAUGGAUUCGUCAUGGUGCUUUCACAGCAGGGCGACAUAGUGUACUGCAGCGAGAACAUUGCCGACCAUCUGGGCGUGUCACAGAUGGAGAUAAUGGGCCAGAGCGUGUUCGAGUUCAGCCAUCUGUGUGAUCACGAGGAGAUCCGUGAGGCGCUGCGCCCCAAUGGCGGCGGACGCCGUGAUCUGCUGCUACGUCUCAAGUGCACCCUCACCAGCAAGGGACGGAACGUGCAUCUCAAGUCGGCUUCUUAUAAGGUGAUUCACAUCACCGGUCACAUGCUGAUGCCGACCAACGGAAAGGAGCGCAACAACAACAAGGAAGAUAAGAAAAUCGACGACGAUAAGAAAGCGAGCGGCGCCUCUCUUGUUGCCGUCGGUCGGCCGAUACCGCACCCCUCCAACAUCGAAAUACCGCUGGACAGCAAGACCUUCCUCUCCAAACACAGCUUGGACAUGAAGUUCACUUAUGUGGACGAGGCUUUGCUGAAUACUCUCGGAUUCGAACCAGACGAGCUGGUCGGCAGAUCGCUUUACGAUUACCACCAUGCAGCCGACAGUGCUUCUAUGAUUCAGCAGUUCAAGUCUCUGUUCUCAAAGGGACAAUGCGAGACCGGCCAAUAUCGCUUCCUGGCCAAGGCUAGUGGCUACGCCUGGGUCCAAACCCAGGCCACCGUCAUCACCGACAAGCAACAGAAGCCAAUCAGCGUCGUGUGCGUCAACUACGUCAUCAGCGGUAUCGAGUGCAAAGAUGAGGUGUUCGCAGCACACCAAGUGCAGCACGCCGAUCUGAAGCCCCCGGUGGCAGUGACUGCACCCGUACCCGCGCCCGCGCCGCUCUGUGCGCCUGUCGCGCCGCCUGCCAACGGCGCAAUAGUCGCCGCCGUACCCUCCGACGACGAGCGACCUAUACCCGUCACAGAGCUCAUUUUCGCACCGCGAAAGAAAGAAAUGAAUAAAGGCUUUCUCAUGUUCUCCCAAGACGAGGAGGGACUUACAAUGCUUAAAGACGAGCCGGAAGAUCUGACCCAUUUGGCACCUACGGCUGGUGACGCUUGUAUCCCUCUGGAGAACAGCCCGUUUGACAUGUUCGAUGAUUUUAUACUAAGCGACAAUUACUGUAGCCUUUUGGGUGAUGAAUUGGCUAAUGCGUCACCGGUAGACUCUCUAACUCCUGAUUCGUUGUUAUUAUCUUCGCCCGAACCUCAGGAGAAUGAAUCGUCAUGUGAACAAUCAUCGUUAUUAACAGAACUGUCGUUGGACGCGUUUGACGGCACGAGGUCGGAUAAUGAUAUUGACGAUGGAAACUCGCCGUUCAUACCGACGAGCGACGAGCUGCCGGUGCUGGAGCCGGCGGUGAUGUGGGGCGCGCUGCCCGACAGCGUCAGUCUGGCGCCCCAGCCCACGGAGACACACAAUGCCUCCCCAGCACCGGCGCUACAGCGCUUGCUCACUGCGUCGACCACAGGCCCGCCGCCACAGGAUCUCAUUACCAAUAUAUAUUCAGAUCAAGGUCUCAUACCGAGCAGAAGCGUUGCGUCUUGGGAUACGGGUGUGAAAAGAGUAUUGAAGCAAGAGCAGGAGCCGUGCGCGAAGCGUGCUAAGCGCAGCCCGUCCCCGGCGCCGGCUAGAGCGAGUAGCAAGCCCUCGUCGAGCGUCCUCAUGAAUCUGCUGGAUACGCCACAACCGUCACCCCAGAGUCAACAUAAUAUGCACACCAAUUACCAGAUGAUACAAAAUGCACAGGCAUUAGGAGGCCAAGCCAUGAACAGAAACAGCAUCCAGAUACCUGUAAUAAACAUCGUUCCGACCAUAAACAAUCAAAUAUCGCGUACCAACACACCUAUCAAUCAAGUUAUACGCACAAGCAUGGCCAGCCCGAUGUCUCCUUUAAGCCUGAGUAUCGGCAGUCCGAUGUAUUCGCUCCCGCCCAGCCCGAGCAGUUACAACAGUCCCGCCAUGAGUCCUGCUCAGAGAGACCGCAUGAUGAGUCCGUAUUCCUCUUCGCCAUCGCUGUCCCCGAUGGGUAAGUACCAAGUGUACAGUCCAGGGAGGUUGAUGUCGCCGGCGGGCGUGAUCCAGGGCUGCGAUCCGUACCUCACGACCAAGAUGCAACCCAGCCCGGGGUUCCCGAUGCAAACAGAAAUGCUCCUGGAUUCGAACGUGCCGCUGACCACGUCCGACUUCUGGCCGGACACGGACAUGCUCCAAGGAACAAGCGACUUACUAACGGCUUUCGAUGACGUCAAACUAGGCUAGUUUUUUAAGUUGAGAGCGCGGUUGAGGAGUGAUUUCCCGAUUUGGAUGAGUUGUGCGAUGAUUGAAUACUGCCUACGUAAAAAGCAUUUCUGUAUUACGACGGCGACCAAAUAUAUCGAUACCGGAAAUUUCAAUUGGCGUAAGGGACAUUUUGGCGAAAAUGAGUUAUAUAUAUUGCCGGAUUCGGCUUUUCGAGCUCUAUCGAUUGGUAUAUAUGAAAUUGUUCUAUCUUUAAAAAAAAAUCCCUUACGCCCUGACAAAUUUGGUAUUUUGAAGCUAAAUAUUUGAAAAAGUUGGUCUUAUGUGACGCGUACAUACUUCAAGCUGACUUAAGGUACAUUUUUCCAAAUAAGCCAGGUAACUUCGAACCGCUGUAUUAGAGAGUGCCUUUACGUCGUUAAAAUUUUUUCAAAUAUCAAAAAUAAGUUGGUUGUAUUUGUUACCUUACUUGUUAUUGUCCGUUACGACCCUGAUAACAAUUGUAUAUGUCGUAAUUAAAUAAGGGCUUAAAGGUCUAAUAUUUUAUUAAUGUUCGUUACGACCUCAAAUGCUAUUUUUUAACAAAAAUCGUGUCGAAACCAGUGUUGAGCGGCCGCACAUUGUCGCGGGUAGCGGGGGUGUAAGUACCUUGCAGGCGCGGGGGCAAAGGAACAUCGCGCGACUAGUUCAUUCGGAUUUCAUCAUUCAACGCAUGAACUUCGUGUUAAAAGUCAGUUGAGAUUAGAAUUUGUGUUUAUAAAAUGACGAGUCCACGGAAGCGACUAUUUAGUGAUCCUUUGACGUCAAGGAAACGGAAAAUUGAUUCUAUUUUACGACAUAAAACCAGAAUGUUACGGUAAGUGUUAUCAAAGUUUCUUAUUUAUUAAAUUAAAACAUUACUUAUGUAUUCACCUACGUGUAUAGAUUUGACGACACAUAUUAAAAGUUUUAUAGUUCUUUUACAUAUGAAUUUUAAUGUUAUUUGUUUAAUAAUAAUAAUAAUUACGUUUUGUAAAGUAAGUAGGCACUUAGGCAGGUAUAUUAAAUGUAACUGAUCGGCGAGCGCUCAGUCGGUUACCGCCAAAACCUAUUACGAAAUAGGUCGUAAGGGACAUUUUCUUAAAAAUAUUAACGCUGCUUUCUUAGUAAAUGUUCCUUACGACUCAAAUAUUAUAUAUAUGUUUUUAGUCUACACCCUUUACCCCCUGUAACUGCAUUUAAAAUGCAUACUUACUAAUAAAUUCGCAGUAAUAGUUGUGCAUUUUUUUAUUUAUGUGCUUAUUAUUUUUGUAUUCAGUGACAAUUUUGAGCUACCUGAUGCGAGUCCAAGCGAUUUAGAUGGCAAAGAAAAUGAAAAGAACGAAAA